ACGAUGGUAAAAUGUUUGUAAUAUAAAAGCGCCCAGUCAUUCGCCUUUCAUGCAGUAGAGGGCAGCAGAAAAAAACACGGGCGGUUUAGUCGACAGGCGAAGACGUGUCACUUCCGCCAAGCUGUUCCCAUGGUAACUAGAAAUGGCGCCUGGCAGCCAGCCAAUCCUGUCGUCGACUCCCCUGCAGGUGAUCCUGUACCUCAACUGCUGGUACUUUGCCGCCUUCUUCCUGGCAAGCGUCCUCAUGUUCAUCUAUAAAGGCCUUUUGCUGCCCUACCCGUCGAGCAAUCUGAUUCUGGACGUGGCGUUGUUGGUUCUCUUCCUCGGUCUGGAGAUUCUCCGGAUCUUCUACGGUUGGAAGGGCAACCUGUGCGAGCACGCGGUGACCACGGCGGUGUCUCUGUUCCUGCUCCUGCCGUGCAUCACGCUGUGCGCCUACUUCCUGCUGCUGCAAAGUUUCGUGCUGCGUCUGGAGUUCCUGCUGGGCUUGGUGCUGCUCUGCUUCUACGGCCUCCAGUUCCUGCUGAGCGUGCUGGCCCUGUCGGCCUUCGCCAGGUCCAAAGUGUACUGACGAGCGCCGAGCGUCACGUCAAAGACUUCACGUUUAAUACAAACUUGAAUUGUACGUACAAUUUUGCUACUUGUGUUCCAUGUUUUCACAUUUCUACUUUUAUACAAAAAGAGCCAAUAAAGCUCCGAACAUCGUGUCAAUAAAUAAAUCACUAGUCCUUACCAACAA